AUGGUGUGGGAGGCACCAAUCACUUCCACAGGCUUCUCCUACCCUUUGUCAGAAAGGGGGGGCACAGCCACGCUGCCUGAAGAUGUCAUCUGUAAAGUGCACUUGAAGAACUUUGUGGAGCAGCAGGGCUUGGUGGGCUAUGACCCCAACCUCGAUGUUCUUCUCGGCCAGGGGAGCUGCUGCAGCAUCGUGCACGUGGUGAACUGUGAGGAUGAAUUCCAGCAGCAGCAACUGGAUCUGCUCUGGAGAAUUUUGGAUCCAGGAGCCCACACAGCUUUGCAGAAACACCUUGUCUGUGGGCCAGUGAAGGUGACAAACCCCUCAUCACCCCUCGGGGCAGACCAGUACUUCCAGCUCCGAAGGCACCAGAUGUACGAAGCCUCCGUGAUGAAGUAUGGGGAGCUGGCACAAGAUGAGGCCUGGACUGAGGUGAUUGACACCCUCACAGCAGCUGCCAUCCGGUUUGAGAUGCUGAGCACUGCCCACCGGAGUCAGAUCACCCUGGACCUGGAGGACAGCAGCAUCUCUACAAAGGGAACCAAGAGUGGUGCCUUUGUGAUGUACAACUGUGCCCGGUUGGCCACGCUCUUCAACACCUACCAGCAGGCUGUGGAGCAGGGCACAUACCCACCUCUGCCACCAGCAUCAGAACUGAACUUCUCCUGCCUCCGGGAAGAGGGUGAAUGGCUCCUGCUUUUCAACUAUCUCCUGCCCUUCCCUGAUGUCCUGCAGCAGGCAGCACAGCUGCCCACAGCCACCAAAGGGAUCCGGAUCACAGCCAACACAGAGGCAGUGUGCAAGUUCCUGAUCCAGCUCAGCAUGGAUUUCAGCUCCUACUACAACCGGGUCCACAUCCUAGGGGAGCCGUUCCCCCACCUCUUUGAGCAGAUGUUUGCCCGCCUGCGGCUGCUGGGAGCAGUGAGGGAUGUGUUCCACAGUGCCCUGGACACUCUGCACCUCCCUCCUCUCAGCCAGAUCUGAACCACCACUGAAGAGCUGUGCCACACUCUGGCAGGCACUAGGACAGUGUGCUGCAAGGGAUGUCCUCCCUGGCAGGGCCAGGGGGCUGCCCUGCUGUCAGACAGGGAGUCAGGACCCACCUCACCCCCACUUAGGAGCUUCUAC